GUUUUCUUCUAUGCCUGGGUUAUUGGUGUUGGUCAGUGCCUUGAAGGUUAAAUGUUCCAGGGAUAUUUUUAAACCACAGGGGUUGGUUAAUCUAAAAGUGACAUUUAUAGUCACAGCAGCGAUCAGCCAUCAGGCUUAUAUUCAGGCCCUCAGAAACAAAAAAUGGAAGACAGACCUGAAGGCACAGCUGAGAGGGAGGAAGAAAUGGGAAAAGCCUGGCUGAGGGGUCAAGCGAUUUUCUGAAUGGUCUUUCUCCUUAUUCUAUCUUGCCUGAUUUUCUCCUGCCUGACCUGGUUAAAAAUCUGGGGGAAAAUGACGGAGUCCAAGCCAGUGACCAAUAGUAACUUGGAAGUGAGCUGUAGCACGGACCAAGAGACCUUUCCAGCCUCGGGCAGUUUAGAAGAGCCACUGAAAAUGAAUGGCAGCUGCAGCAGCUCUCUUCCAGAUACUCCUCGUCAGGCAGAGCUAGCUUCCCACAUAGACCCCAAACAUGCCUGUCCACAGAGAAGCUCCCUGCCAUCCUCACACCAGAAGCCCGCAGGGAACCCUGUUUCUUCCACUGACACAGGGCCACGUCAAGCCAGCGGGUCAGGUGCUUCCCCCUCCAGAGAGAAUGAGAGGCAGGCACACAUCAAGAGGCAGAUGAUGACUAACUUCAUCGUGGGCUCCUUUGAUGACUACUCUUCUGACGAAGACCCUGGAGUUGGAUGGUUUCGAGAAUCUUCCCGGAAAGGCAGCCGGGCCAGCUUGGGCAACCUGUCCCCAGAUGCAGCUCUGACUUCAGGGGAACCUGAGACCCACCCCCCAGCGAUGAGACCAAGCAUGUCCGGGCUGCACCUGGUGAAGAGGGGCUGGGAACACAAGAAGCUGGACCUGCACAGAGACUUCACGGUGGCUUCCCCAGCCGAGUUCGUCACACGCUUCGGGGGGGAUCGGGUCAUUGAGAAGGUGCUCAUUGCCAACAACGGCAUCGCCGCCGUGAAGUGCAUGCGCUCCAUCCGCAGGUGGGCCUACGAGAUGUUCCGCAACGAGCGUGCCAUUUGGUUUGUAGUCAUGGUGACCCCCGAGGACCUCAAGGCCAACGCAGAGUACAUUAAGAUGGCAGAUCAGUACGUCCCCGUCCCAGGAGGGCCCAACAACAACAACUACGCCAAUGUGGAGCUGAUUGUAGAUAUCGCCAAGAGAAUACCUGUGCAGGCAGUGUGGGCUGGCUGGGGCCAUGCUUCAGAAAACCCCAAGCUUCCAGAGCUGCUGUGCAAGCACAGGAUUGCAUUCUUAGGACCCCCCGGUGAGGCCAUGUGGGCCUUGGGAGAUAAGAUCGCCUCCACCAUUGUGGCUCAGACCCUGGACAUUCCCACCCUGCCCUGGAGCGGAAGUGGUCUGACAGUGGAGUGGGCGGAGGAGGAACUGCAGCAGGGGAAACAAAUCAGUGUCCCAGAAGAUGUUUAUAACCAGGGUUGUGUGAAAGAUGUCGAUGAAGGCUUGGAGGCAGCAGAAAAAAUUGGUUUUCCGCUGAUGAUCAAAGCUUCUGAAGGCGGCGGAGGGAAAGGAAUCCGAAAAGCUGAGAGCGCUGAGGAUUUCCCCAUGCUUUUCCGACAAGUGCAGAGUGAGGUCCCAGGCUCGCCUGUCUUUCUCAUGAAGCUGGCCCGGCACGCCCGGCACCUGGAGGUCCAGGUCCUGGCUGACCAGUACGGGAAUGCCGUGUCACUGUUCGGGCGGGACUGCUCCAUCCAGCGGCGGCAUCAGAAGAUCAUCGAGGAGGCGCCAGCCACCAUCGCCACACCGGCUGUGUUCGAGUUCAUGGAGCAGUGUGCUGUCCGUCUGUCCAAGACCGUGGGCUACGUGAGCGCAGGCACAGUUGAAUACCUCUACAGCCAGGAUGGCAGCUUCUACUUUUUGGAGCUGAAUCCCCGCCUGCAGGUGGAGCAUCCCUGCACAGAAAUGAUUGCUGACGUCAACCUGCCUGCUGCCCAGCUACAGAUUGCCAUGGGUGUGCCACUACACAGGCUGAAGGACAUCCGGCUCCUGUAUGGAGAGUCGCCAUGGGGGGUGACACCCAUUUUUUUUGAAACCCCUUCAAACCCUCCCCUCGCCCGUGGCCACGUCAUUGCAGCCAGAAUCACCAGCGAAAAUCCAGAUGAGGGGUUUAAGCCAAGCUCUGGGACAGUCCAGGAAUUGAAUUUCCGCAGCAACAAGAAUGUGUGGGGUUACUUCAGUGUGGCUGCCACAGGAGGCUUACACGAGUUCGCCGAUUCCCAGUUUGGGCACUGCUUCUCCUGGGGCGAGAACCGGGAGGAGGCCAUUUCGAACAUGGUGGUGGCUUUGAAGGAACUGUCCAUCCGGGGCGACUUCCGGACCACAGUGGAAUAUCUCAUUAACCUCCUGGAGACUGAGAGCUUCCAGAACAACGAUAUCCACACCGGCUGGUUGGAUCAUCUCAUUGCACAGAACGUGCAGGCGGAGAAGCCAGACAUCAUGCUCGGGGUGGUGUGCGGGGCCUUGAACGUGGCAGAUACGAUGUUCAGAACGUGCGUGACGGAUUUCUUGCACUCCCUGGAAAGGGGCCAGGUCCUCCCGGCGGAUUCUCUCCUGAACCUUGUGGACGUGGAGUUGAUUUACGGAGGUGUCAAGUACAUUCUCAAGGUGGCCCGGCAGUCUCUGACCAUGUUCAUCCUCAUCAUGAACGGCAGCUACAUUGAGAUUGAUGCCCACCAACUGAACGAUGGCGGCUUGCUGCUGUCCUACAAUGGCUGCAGCUACACCACGUACAUGAAGGAAGAGGUGGACAGUUACCGAAUCACCAUUGGCAACAAGACGUGCGUGUUUGAGAAGGAGAAUGAUCUCACGGUCCUGAGGUCCCCAUCAGCAGGGAAGCUGAUACAGUUCACGGUGGAGGAUGGGGGCCAUGUUGAAGCAGGAAACAGCUAUGCCGAGAUUGAGGUGAUGAAGAUGAUCAUGACCCUGGUCGUGCCGGAGAGUGGCCUAGUGAAGUACAUCAAGCGUCGGGGAGCCGUGCUGGAAGCUGGCUGCGUGGUGGCCAGGCUGGAGCUCGAUGACCCUUCUAAAGUGCACCCGGCCGAGCCCUUCACGGGGGUGCUGCCUGCCCAGCAGACCCUGCCCAUCCUUGGAGAGAAGCUGCACCAGGUCUUCCACAGUGUCCUGGACAACCUGACCAACGUCAUGAGUGGCUACUGCCUGCCGGAGCCUUUUUUUAGCAUAAAGCUGAAAGAGUGGGUGCAGAAGCUCAUGAUGACUCUCCGACACCCAUCGCUGCCGCUGCUGGAGCUGCAGGAGAUCAUGACCAGCGUGGCAGGCCGCAUCCCGGUCCCUGUGGAGAAGGCGGUCCGCAGGGUGAUGGCCCAGUAUGCCAGCAACAUCACCUCAGUCCUGUGCCAGUUCCCCAGCCAGCAGAUAGCCACCAUCCUGGACUGCCAUGCGGCCACUCUCCAGCGGAAGGCCGACCGUGAGGUCUUCUUCAUGAAUACUCAGAGCAUUGUGCAGUUGAUCCAGAGGUACCGCAGCGGGACCCGUGGCUAUAUGAAAGCCGUGGUGCUGGAUCUUCUGCGAAGAUAUUUGCAAGUCGAGCACCAUUUCCAACAAGCGCACUUUGACAAGUGCGUGGUAAAGCUCCGGGAGCAGUUCAAGCCCGACAUGCCCCGCGUGCUGAACUGCAUCUUCUCGCAUGCGCAGGUGGCCAAGAAGAACCAGCUCGUGAUCAUGCUGAUCGAUGAGCUCUGUGGCCCAGAUCCUUCCCUGUCAGAGGAGCUGACCUCCAUCCUCAAUGAGCUCACUCAGCUGAGCAAGACCGAACACUGCAAAGUGGCCCUCAGAGCCAGACAGGUCCUGAUCGCCUCCCACCUCCCCUCCUAUGAGCUGAGGCACAACCAGGUAGAGUCCAUCUUCCUGUCUGCCAUUGACAUGUACGGCCACCAGUUCUGCCCAGAAAACCUCAAGAAAUUAAUACUUUCCGAAACCACCAUAUUUGAUGUGCUGCCCACUUUCUUCUACCAUGCUAACAAGGUCGUCUGCAUGGCAUCACUGGAGGUUUACGUGCGGAGGGGCUACAUUGCCUAUGAGCUAAACAGCCUGCAGCACCGUGAGCUCCCAGAUGGCACCUGCGUAGUGGAGUUCCAGUUCAUGCUGCCCUCUUCCCAUCCAAAUCGGAUGACGGUGCCCAUCAGUGUCACCAACCCUGACCUGCUGAGGCGCAGUACAGAGCUCUUCAUGGACAGCGGCUUCUCCCCACUCUGUCAGCGCAUGGGGGCCAUGGUUGCCUUCAGGAGAUUUGAGGAUUUCACCAGGAACUUCGAUGAAGUCAUCUCCUGCUUUGCCAAUGUGCCCAAAGACAUCCCAGUCUUCAGCAAGGCCUGUACCACCCUGUACUCCGAGGAUGACUACAAGAGCCUCCGAGAGGAGCCCAUCCACAUCCUGAAUGUGGCCAUCCAGUGUGCAGACCACCUAGAGGAUGAGGAGCUGGUGCCAAUUUUCCGGAUGUUUGUACAAUCCAAGAAAAACAUCCUUGUGGAUUACGGGCUCCGAAGAAUCACAUUCCUGAUUGCCCAAGAGAAAGAAUUUCCCAAGUUUUUCACAUUCAGAGCAAGGGAUGAGUUUGCAGAAGAUCGCAUUUACCGUCACUUGGAGCCUGCCCUGGCCUUCCAGCUGGAGCUCAGCCGGAUGCGCAACUUUGAUCUGACUGCUGUGCCCUGUGCCAACCACAAGAUGCACCUUUACCUGGGCGCCGCCAAGGUCAACGAGGGGGUAGAAGUGACGGACCACAGGUUCUUCAUCCGUGCCAUCAUCAGGCACUCAGACCUGAUUACAAAGGAAGCCUCCUUCGAGUACCUGCAGAAUGAGGGUGAGCGGCUGCUCCUGGAGGCCAUGGACGAGCUGGAGGUGGCCUUCAACAACACAAACAUGCGCACCGACUGCAACCACAUCUUCCUCAACUUCGUGCCCACCGUCAUCAUGGACCCCUCCAAGAUCGAGGAGUCUGUGCGCUCCAUGGUUAUGCGCUAUGGUAGCCGGUUGUGGAAACUCCGCGUGCUGCAGGCCGAGGUCAAGAUCAAUAUACGGACAGCCACCACCGACAGUGCUGUACCCAUCCGCCUGUUUAUCACCAAUGAGUCGGGCUACUACCUGGAUAUCAGCCUCUACAAAGAAGUGACUGACCCCAGAUCUGGAAACAUCAUGUUUCAUUCCUUCGGGGACAAGCAAGGAAGCCUGCAUGGGAUGCUGAUCAACAUGCCCUAUGUCACCAAGGAUCUGCUCCAGGCUAAGCGAUUUCAGGCACAAUCCCUGGGCACCACCUAUGUGUACGACUUCCCGGAAAUGUUCAGGCAGGCUCUCUUUAAACUGUGGGGCCCCCCAGACAAGUUUCCCAAAGACAUCCUGACAUACACUGAGUUAGUGCUGGACUCCCAGGACCAGUUGGUGGAGAUGAACCGACUUCCUGGCGGCAAUGAGGUGGGCAUGGUGGCCUUCAAAAUGAUGCUUAAGACUCCAGAGUAUCCAGAAGGGCGGGACGUGAUCGUCAUCAGCAAUGACAUAACCUUCCGGAUUGGGUCCUUUGGCAUACGGGAGGACAUGCUGUACCAGCGGGCAUCAGAGCUGGCCCGGGCAAGGGGCAUCCCCAAAAUCUACCUGGCAGCCAACAGCGGGGCCCGAAUUGGCCUGGCAGAUGAAAUCAAACCCAUGUUCCAGGUGGCCUGGGUGGAUCCAGAGGACCCGCACAAAGGAUUUAAAUACCUGUACCUGACGCCGCAAGACUACACCAGAAUCAGCUCCCUGAACACUGUCCACUGCAAACACAUUGAAGAGGGAGGAGAAUCCAGGUACGUCAUCAUAGACAUCAUUGGGAAAGAAGACGGCUUGGGCGUGGAGAAUAUAAAGGGUGCAGGCAUGAUUGCCAGGGAAUCCUCCCUGGCUUACGAAGAGAUCAUCACCAUCAGCAUGGUUGCCAUUGGCUGGGACUUUCCCUUCAUGCCCAGUGGUAUGGCCCUGGCACGGCUCCUCUGGAAUUCAGAAAGUCCCGCGUCUCCACAGGUGACCUGCCGAUCCCUGGGGAUCGGGGCCUAUCUGGUGAGGCUGGGCCAGCGGGUGAUCCAGGUGGAAAACUCCCACAUCAUCCUCACAGGAACCCGAGCUCUGAACAAGGUCCUGGGAAGAGAGGUCUACACAUCCAACAACCAGCUGGGCGGCGUACAGAUCAUGCAUUACAACGGCAUCGCCCAUGUCACUGUGCCGGAUGACUUUGAGGGGGUGUACACCAUCCUGGAGUGGCUGUCCUAUAUGCCAAAGGAUAUUCACAGCCCACUCCCUAUCAUCACACCCACCGACCCCAUUGACAGAGAAGUUGAGUUUCUCCCAUCCAGAGCUCCCUAUGACCCUCGGUGGAUGCUUGCAGGAAGGCCUCAUCCGACACUGAAGGGAACCUGGCAGAGCGGAUUCUUCGACCAAGGAAGUUUCAAGGAAAUUAUGGCACCCUGGGCCCCAACCGUGGUGGUAGGACGAGCGAGGCUGGGAGGCAUCCCUGUGGGUGUGAUUGCCACAGAAACGCGGACCGUGGAGGUGGCGAUCCCUGCCGACCCUGCCAACUUGGAUUCUGAGGCCAAGAUAAUCCAGCAGGCAGGCCAGGUGUGGUUCCCUGACUCAGCCUACAAGACAGCCCAGGCCAUCAAGGACUUCAACCGGGAGAAGCUGCCCCUGAUGAUCUUUGCCAACUGGAGGGGAUUCUCUGGGGGCAUGAAAGACAUGUAUGACCAAGUGCUGAAAUUUGGAUCCUACAUUGUGGAUGGCCUCCGGCAGUACAAACAGCCCAUCCUGAUCUACCUCCCGCCCUAUGCAGAGCUCCGCGGGGGCUCCUGGGUGGUCCUGGACACCACCAUCAACCCCCUGUGCAUAGAGAUGUAUGCGGACAGAGAGAGCAAGGGCGGGGUUCUGGAGCCCGAGGGAACGGUGGAGAUUAAGUUCCGAAAGAAAGAGCUGGUGAAGACCAUGAGGAGGAUUGACCCGAUCUCCAGGCAGCUCGCAGAGCGGCUGGGGACGUCCCAGCUGUCUGACAAAGAUCGCAAGGACCUGGAGGGCCAGCUGAAGGCUCGCGAGGAGCUGCUCCUCCCCAUCUACCACCAGGUGGCAGUGCAGUUCGCGGAACUGCAUGACACGCCAGGCCGGAUGCUGGAGAAGGGCACCAUCUGUGAUGUGCUGGAGUGGAGGACGGCACGCACCUUCCUGUACUGGCGUCUGCGCCGGCUCGUUCUGGAGGAUCAGGUCAAGCAGGAGAUCCUCCGGGCCAGCGGUGAGCUGAGCCAUGAGCACUUGCAGUCCAUGCUGCGCCGCUGGUUCGUGGAGUCUGAGGGUGCCGUCAAGGCCUACCUGUGGGACAAUAACCAGGUGGUGGUGCAGUGGCUGGAGGAGCAAUGGCAGGAGGGUGACAGCCCGCAUUCGGCCAUUUGGGAGAAUAUCAAGUACCUGAAGCGAGAUGCUGUCCUCAAGACCAUCUGCAAUCUGGUCCAGGAAAAGCCCGAGGUGGCCAUGGACUGCGUGGUGUACCUAAGUCAGCUCAUCAGCCCAGCCGAGCGGGCCCAGGUGGCUCAGCUGCUGUCCGCCAUGGACAGCCCGGCCUCCACCUGAGCUGCAUCCAGCCAUUCCCAGGGCCAUGGGCAACAGAAGCUGCACAACCUGCUGACCCACUGCAGGCCCCCACCUGGAUCUUGGGACUUGUUUACAACAACAACAACAGCAACAAGACACCAGUCCCAGGCACUUCUGUGGGCGGAGCUACUGGUCCCCAGCCAACUCCUGUGUCAAUAAAAGGCUCAGGGUGCCCCUCCCAAGCAGGAGUCACCUCCCUGCCACUCUGGGAAGUUCAUUUUGUCUCUUCAGACAGUGUUUUUGCUGUACCACUGAAUCAGAUUGAACCAAACCAUCCAGAUUUCCUUGUGCUUUUCGGUGCCUAGAGUGCGGAGUCCAGGUGGUUGUUAGCUGGUUUUAUAUCACAUCUUAGAAUCUUUUAUUUUUAUUUUUUUACUCCAGGGGCUGCCCUUGUUAUAAGGGCGUUGUCUACUUCGGCAGAAUGAAUGGAAAAAGCCUAGAUCAGACUAGAGAAAAACUAAUUUUGUAUGAGGCUAACCUGAAUGCUAGCUAAUCACCCAGGAAAGGGUACACACUGUUUUUAAGAGAAUAAACUGGUAGCUUGUGCCCCAAAUGACCCUCGUGAGUCAUGAGGAAUGUCUCAUUGUUGGGCUGUGCCUGUCACUCACUAACAAAUUCCCCAUUGUGGAGAGAGAGGAAGCACGAUGAAGAGAUGCCACAGAGCAGGGGCGUCCCCAGGAGUCUCUCACGUGGCUCCCAGAGCUCAGCUCACCCCUGCCCUCCAGUGAGAGCGAGGGUCAGUCCCCUGUCCCACCCAGUCAGGCAGCCGGUGCUGCCCACAUGAGCUGAGGGUGCAGAGGCGGAGAGGAAGCCUUCCCAGACUCGGCCCAGCGGUGGACACCGCCAUCCCCUUGGGGGGCCUCCGGCGUCACUCACUUCCUCGCCUUUCCCCGUGGUGGAGCCAGCAUCAAGGGUGGAGCCGUGGUGACCAGGACUGGACCGAGAAGGCCACACCGAUGUGCUCAGGGAGGACUUUGACAUAUGCCCCAAGCACUUCGUGAUAUGCGGCAUCCGGGGUCACCCACUGCUGUGGCGGGCAGUUUGUCUGAGGACACUGACCGAGGGCACUCCAACAAGGCUGCCCAGGGAAGCCUCCGCCAGCCAGAAUGCUUGAGGACGUUCAAGUUCAACCAUGAAAACAUUCUGGCCAUCCGCCCGUGACAGCUCUGGCCAGCGACAGUGGGGAGAGAGAAAGCUGACUUCUCCCACGUCCGGCCCAGAGGGGCGGGUGGAUGGAGACUAAUGCUGCUUCAGGAGUGGAGGGUUCCUUUCGGGAAGACCCUCUUGCCUUUGGAGGAAAAACCAGGCAAUAGCUGCUGCCCCGGAACGGUGGGCAUAGAGCCUGCCUGGAAACGUGCAGAAUAAACUGUUUUUGAAGGAAGCUCAUUGUGGACUGCACAGUGCUGUAGUAGAGACCCUGAAAAAAGUUCGUGUCCCAGGAGCAGCUGGGAGGCAGCGGAGGGAAGCUGAGGGCUGGGUUGGGGAGCUCAAAGGCAUCCUGUUUCCUAAGCGUUGGAAGGCUUUGUUUAAAAAAACAAAAAAAUUAUAUGGAGCCCCAUCCGUGUGCCCGGCAAAAAGGGAGCUGCUCUGGAAGAAGGCUGGGUGGGCGGGGCCGGGCGGUUUUCAUAGCAGGUUCACUCCUUCCCACCACCCUCAGCGCCCUUUCUUUGACGAGGGUGGCAAAAUUUAGAGAGGUGAAGACGCUUGUCCAUUGUCACAGGCAACCGGACGGAGGGAAAUUAAGUCUUUGACCUCAGAGCCGGCCCGUUCCUUUCAUGACUCAGACUCUGAGCAUUCGUACCACACAAGGGAGCCUCCCAGUUUUGCAAGCCCCGUGGGCUUGUCCACGCCGAGAGUGGGAGCCACGAGCCCUGGCUGGCUUCCUCCCGACUUCUAGCUCUUUCUCACCCCACCUCCCCCUUUUCGCUCUUCUUCGGUUCCCACAUUCUCUUGGCUUUUCUCCUCCGUGUCCUUCGCCCUAACAUUGUAUUUUGAAAAUUUCCAAACACGAAAAAGUUGAAGUACUGGAUGGCAGAUGCUCGCCCUCAGCCACCAGCUCGAUGCCAUCUCUCUGUGCGUGGACUUAGUGUCCCACCUGCCUGCUCAUCUCUCCAUCUCUGCCUGUAGCUGUGACGUUAUCUCAUUAUUUUGUGACAUUUCACAGCAAAUUGCAGGCAUGGAUCCACUUCUCCAGGUUUUUUGGGUUUUUUCUUUUAUACAAAGUUUAGAAAAACAUUGUCCUGGGGUCUUCAUGUUAUUGUCCCCUUCCCCUCCUCAUAUCAGCCACAUCCCAGACCUGAGUGAUGCCAUUUGUCCCCUCAUGAACUCAAAGCGACGGGUGGGUGGAGGCGCAGGACCUGUUGCACCAUGUGCAGUUGAAAUUGUUCCAUGUCCCCUCUUCACCUUGUGGGCAUCCAACCUCCCGGGGUGUGGUGGUUCAAGCCCCUCUCCUGUUCAAUAACCUGCUGUAACUCCCCUAUGCCCUUGUUGCUCUGCUUGGCCCUGGGAAGGAGUGGAGGUAAUGCCCUGACAACAGGUUGCUCAAGAUGUUGAGUGAUUGUAAAAAUCUUGUUUUGGGGCCACCAACAUGGUACAAAACAGAAAUGGACAAUUUGGCAAAGAAUUAGAGUCCAUGAAUUAAAGUACCAAACAGAAAACCAGGAGAUUACAAAUUUUACGGAAAGCAUGGGAAACAAGAGAUCAAUGGGGAGACACAGGGCUGAUGCUGGUGACCGUAUCUUCACAGAUACCUUAAAAAUGAGGGAAUAUGAAAAUGGAUCCAACAGCUGAUAGGAACUAGUGACAAAUCAGAAGACAGCACAAAU